GGGGGGGGGGGGGGGGGGGGUACCGCUCCCUCCCGUUGGACUUGAAUGUACAGAAGAGUUUCUUCCGAGUCCCCGCGGAGCUGGCAGCCCCCACAGGAUAUUCUCUGGAAGGAGUCCCGGACCAGGAGCCUCCCCCUCCUGACAGGGAGGGAGGCAGGGAGGUAAAGAGAGGGAGACCCGGGGACCCUGAGACUCUGAGCAUCGCCGUCAUGGACUCAAGUGUUUGCGCUCUGGAGCUGCUGGGGGUCUUCUUCUCGGCGGGGGCCUGGAUCUGUUCGCUGGCCACCACCCUGAUGUCCACCUGGCUCACCCUGUCCACGGAGCUCCUCCCCACCGAGAGCUACGAGCUGGGUCUGUGGGAGACCUGCGUGGUGCAGGACCUGGGGGGCCUGGAGUGUCGGCCCUACGACAGCCUGCUGGGUCUGCCCCCGGACAUCAAGCUGGCCCGGAUCCUGAUGUGCGUGACGCUGGGCGCCGGGAUGCUCGGGCUGCUGUUGGCCAUCCCCGGGAUACACCUGGUGAACAGCUGCCACGGCCGGCUGGACGACCUCAGGUGUAAGAGGGCCCUAAAGAUGGCCGGGGGGGUGCUGUGCCUGGUGGCCGGGAUCCUGGGGCUCAUCCCGGUCUCGUACAUCGCCCACCUCACGGUGGUCCGCUUCUUCGAUGAGUCGGUGCCGGACGUGGUCCCGCGCUGGGAGUUCGGGGACGCUCUGUUCUGCGGCUGGACGGCCGGAUUUCUUCACCUGGUGGCGGGAACGCUGCUGCUCACUUCCUGUAUGUGUCUGCAGAAGGACAGCUGUGACAUCCCCGUGCCCAUCCCUCUGGUGGGGGCGCAGCCGGGACGCCCCUUUAUCAGGACCAGGUCCGAGUAUGUCUGAGACCCCCCCCCCCCAGUAACAUCCGGAAAACAACAGAACCGUGACUUCAAAUGUUUGAAGUCACCUCUCCUGGAUGUGGGAUCAGAAAUCUUUUCCCGCUCAGAUCACUGAAUUUAAGAUUUAAAAUGACUGACACACGGACUCUGGAGGUCGGAUCACAGGUGACCUCACUCUGUCCUGUUGAAUCUUGGGGGAAUUUAUCUAAAAAUCAUAAUUCGUCAUAAACAAUUUCAGGGUUUUGAUGUUUUCUAAAAAGUUUAUUUCCUCAGCAGUUCUUCAUCAGAGUCACUUUAUUCAAACAAGAUCAAAACUGGAUUUUAAGAAUUCAUUUGAUUUAAAACACUGAUUUAAAUCACUGAUUUAAAAUGUAAUGUUUCCAGAUGUUUGUUCCAGCUGGAUCUUCUUAAAUAUUUCUGAUCUAACAGAGAGAACGUAGUUUCAGCCGCUCACUGAGAGGAUAACCUCCUGCUGUGUUGGAUCGACAGUUACAGUAACGUUUGGCUGCACGUCUCAACACUCUGAGAAGAGAAGGUUUCUGAUCUGACAUCCAGGUGUGACCUUUGACCCCCUCACUGUGGGAUGUGUUUCACUCUUCAUGGAGCCAAAGAGACUGAACGUGCUGCUGUUUCCUGUUGUAUUGGUCCUGUGUGUGUGAUGACUGUCUGCAACACUUCUGUCUCUGAGGAUGUCACCUCUGACCUUCAGCAGGGACUGUGGGCAGGAAAAGGCUGAUUAUUGAAGUAAAUAUGAAAUAUAUAUAAAUAUAUAUCAAAUGAAAUAAAGAACAUGCUCAAUAAUCCAUGUUAUUUCCACUCACAGUCACAGCAGGUGAAAAAGACCAUCAAUGAGUUUCUCUUCAGGAAACAUGAUUUAUUUUCAUGUUCAGAGACAGAAGCUGCUGAUGCUGAAAAUCACUUCACGCUCAAUCCAGACCAACGUUUGUAUUAUCACCAUUAUUAUGAUUAUCAUGAUCUGAGCAUCGUUAUCAGAUGAUUGUAAAAGAGCAGCUUGUAAAUAAAGAUACAGAAUAAAAACCUAUGAAAAGUUGA